AUGAGCCCUGGCGUUGUUAUUUCCCAGCCUCAGCUGCCUGCCCCUCCCCUGCUUCUGGCACUAGAUGGACAUCCUGAGGAUAGCAGUCCUGAGCACAAGGCUUGUUCAAGCACAGACUCAGAGUUUAACUCAAUAGCCAUCUCCUGUAAGGAAUCUGUCCCCAUCAUCACCAGCCCACUUAGAAACACAGCAGUCUUCUCGAGCCCUGGCAGUGAAGUGCAGCAAUACUACAUUAUACAGAAUGCUACACUGCAAGCAGAGAAGCAAGCAUUGAAAACUCAACUGAAACAACUUGAGACCCAGAACAAUAAUUUGCAGGCUCAGAUUCUUGCACUUCAGAGGCAGACAGUGUCAUUACAGGAGCAGAAUACUACUCUUCAAACACAGAAUGCCAAGCUUCAGGUUGAAAAUUCCACCCUUAAUUCCCAAAGAACCACCCUUAUGAACCAGAACGCACAACUCCUAAUCCAACAAUCUUCCUUAGAAAAUGAAAAUGAAUCUGUAAUUAAAGAGCGAGAAGACCUGAAAUCUCUCUAUGACUCUCUGAUCAAAGAUCAGGAAAAGCUGGAACUUCUUCACGAACGUCAGGCUUCAGAGUAUGAGUCUCUCAUCACUAAACAUGGAACUCUAAAGUGUGCCCACAAAAAUCUUGAGGUAGAACAUAAAGACCUUGAAGACCGUUACAAUCAGUUACUAAAACAGAAAGGACAAUUGGAAGAUUUGGAAAAAACACUGAAAGUAGAACAGGAAAAAAUGCUGCUUGAAAACAAAAACCAUGAGACUGUAGCCACAGAAUACAAGAAACUUUGUGGUGAAAAUGAUAGGUUGACCCAUACAUAUAAUCAGCUUUUAAAAGAGACUGAAGCUUUACAAACUGACCAUAAAAAUUUAAAAAGUCUUCUAAAUAAUUCCAAACUGGAACAAACAAGAUUAGAAGCUGAAUUUUCCCAAUUAAAGGAGCAGUACCAACAGUUGGACAUCACAUCCACCAAGCUAAAUAACCAGUGUGAGUUGCUAAGCCAACUUAAAGGAAAUUUAGAAGAAGAAAAUCGACAUCUGCUAGAUCAAAUUCAGACAUUAAUGCUACAGAACAGAAAACUACUGGAACAAAAUAUGGAAAGCAAGGAUCUUUUUCAUGUUGAACAAAGACAGUACAUUGAUAAGUUAAAUGAAUUAAGAAGACAAAAGGAGAAAUUAGAAGAAAAAAUAAUGGAUCAAUACAAAUUUUAUGACCCAUCUCCCCCUAGAAGGAGAGGCAACUGGAUUACUCUGAAAAUGAGGAAAUUGAUGAAGUCUAAGAAAGAUAUUAAUCGGGAACGUCAGAAAUCUCUAACAUUAACACCUACCUGCUCAGACUCCAGUGAAGGAUUUCUUCAACUCCCCCAUCCAGAUAGUCAAGACAGUUCUUCAGUAGGUUCAAACUCUUUAGAAGAUGGCCAAACUUUGGGGACCAAGAAAAGCAGCAUGGUUGCACUGAAAAGACUGCCCUUUUUGAGGAACAGACCGAAGGAUAAAGACAAAAUGAAGGCCUGCUACCGUCGUUCCAUGUCCAUGAAUGACCUGGUACAGUCCAUGGUCCUAGCAGGACAGUGGACAGGUAGUACUGAACAUUUGGAGGUUCCUGAUGAUAUUUCAACGGGUAAAAGGAGAAAAGAAUUGGGAGCUAUGGCCUUCUCUACUACAGCCAUCAACUUUUCAACUGUCAACUCUUCUACAGGCUUCAGAUGCAAGCAGUUGUUUAAUAAUAAAGGUACUACAUCCUCUGAAGAUGUAAGUCCACAAGGUAUUAGUGAUGAUUCUAGUACGGGAUCAAGAGUUCAUGCUUCAAGACCAGCCAGCCUUGACAGUAGCCGAACAUCCGCUAGCAAUAGCAAUAAUAAUGCUUCACUCCAUGAGGUCAAAGCAGGUACAGUUACUACCCAAAGCAGGCCACAAAGCCACAGCAGUGGAGAAUUUAGCCUGCUUCAUGACCAUGAGGCUUGGUCCAGCAGUGGUAGCAGUCCAAUCCAGCACUUGAAAAGACAAGCCAGAUCAAGUCCAGUGCUCCAGCACAAAAUGCCUGAAACAUUAGAGAGUCGAGCACAUCACAAGUUCAAAACUGGUUCCCCUGGAAGUGAAGUUGUUACUCUGCAACAGUUUUUAGAAGAAAGCAACAAGCUUACCUCAAUACAGAUAAAGUCCUCAAGUCAAGAAAAUCUUUUAGAUGAAGUAAUGAAAAGUUUGUCUGUCUCUUCUGACUUUUUGGGAAAAAACAAACCAGUUAGCUGUGGUCUGGCCAGGUCAGUAAGUGGAAAAUCUCCAGGAGACUUCUAUGAUAGAUGGACAACUAAGCCUGAACAAUUUGUAAGACCUGGUCCUCAAAAGACUGAAGAUACUUAUUUCAUUAGUUCUCCAGGAAAACCUAAACUAGGCACACAAGGAAAGAUAAAAUUAGUAAAAGAAACUUCUCUGUCACGACAAUCAAAAGAUAGUAAUCCUUAUGCCACUUUACCUCGCGCAAGCAGUGUGAUCUCUACUGCCGAAGGAACUACUCGUAGGACAAGCAUCCAUGAUUUUCUGACCAAGGACAGUAGACUGCCUAUGUCAGUUGAUUCACCACCAGCUACUGCUGAUAGCAACAUCACUGCAGCAUCUAGUGAGUACCGUUUACAUCAGGGGUCCUCUCGUGCACUUCACAGUCCAACAUAUGCUGUAGGUUCUUGUGCACAAAAUGAUUUAGCUACACAUAAGCCAGAGUGUCUAUAUGUCCAGGCUGGAAACUCAAGAACAGAAAGGUCACAUUUUUUAAACCAAACUUUCGCCACUAUUAAUAUGCCUAAUUAUGCAUUUGGAAUAUCAGCUAAAGAUAGCACAGAGUCAUUUACUGGGGCUCAUCCAUCUCAGCCAUUUUUAUCCCUGAAUACAGAAUUAGUUAGCAACAUAAGUGGAUUACCUCCUAGGCCAGUCCCCAGAGUAACUGAUCAGGCUUCUGCCUCUUUGGAUAAAGCUGCAGGAAAAGAUAAUGAACAGUUGUCUGAUAAUCAGAACCCUAGUAACAAUAACCCACAGUCUUCUGUAGAUACAAGUAAUCUUAUCACUCCUGCAUGCCUCUAUCCCAGUGACACAGAAGCUACAUUGUUGGUUUCUGAAGAUAAUCACACUGUCUGGUAUGAAUAUGGUUGUGUAUGAUCAAAACCACACAAUAUAAAACUGAUGUCAUUUGAUAUAUACUAUACUUCUCUAAUCUGAUUUGAAGAGCUGCUGUAAAAAGCUAUCAUUUGGCUAGGUUUAUAUUUUCAGUUUUAAAUUGUGGCAUAGUGUUCAGUUGUACAUGAUGGCAUAUAUACAAACAUAAAUGUGUAACCCCAAAGCCUACAUGAAUAAUUAAUUGCAUUGUGCACACUGUCUGCAUGACCUUAAAAACCUUAACAAUAUAUGCUCUUCUUUCACAUUUCUUGUCACCUGAUAAGAGAGUACUCUGAUACCUAGAAGCAUGUUAAAAUAGCUGCAUGCUAUAAUUACCAAGAAGGCAUUUCCAAGUCACAUUUACUUUGUUACUUAAAAAAAAAAAUGCUCAUUUUUUCCCUCCCUCUCUUUAGCUUUCCUUCUCCCCCUUCCACCCUCUCUUCCGCUCAUCCCUUUUUUUCCAGAAUGUGUGCUUCAUAUUGCACAUGCAUGGUAUUAGUAAGGGGAAAAAAUAUUUAAAAGGUGCCAUUUUUUUUUUGCCAUUUAACUAUGCCUUCUGCCCUGCUGUUUUAUUUUCAAAGAAAUAGUUAAUAACUCAGUUAACACUUUGUGUAGCAAAUAUUAACUACUGCCCAUAUUUAUAAAAUUGUUGAGAUUUAAAACAUUGCUAAUACUCAUAAAUUCAGUAUAAUUAUUUAAAAAACCAUCAAAUUCAAAUGUGACAUAUACAAUGACUAGGAGCAUUUGUAUUAGUUUUAUUUCUUCUCUGCACUUUUCUCCAUCUGAUAAUAUAAGAGCUCAAGUACUAUCUUACCUUCUAGACAACUUUUUUAUUUGGAAUCAGUUAACACAAUAGUUUUUCCAUUACUUUUUUUAUGUAGAGUCAAAGAAAUAAACCAAAUCAUACUGAAUGUGUUGGAAAUUUGCAUUUUUCUUCUCUUCAAAAAGAGUAACAAGUUAAAAAGUGAUGAAGAUUGUUACUUCUGUAAUUAAUUUAUAAUUAAAUUAUACAUGUCCUUAAAACAGAAUUUUCUAAAAUGAGUACAUUGUGCUAAAAUAAAAUGUAAGAUUAGAAUUUGUAACCAUCUAAACAAAGUAUGUUUUUGGUAGAACAAAUUUUGGAACUAAGAAUAAAUACAAACUUUUAGUUAAACAAUAAAAAAACCCAUGUAAGAUAGAAAAAUAUUUACUAACUCUGACUCCAUUAUCAUAAGCUUUAGAUUAUCUUGCUGUGGUCAUAGCGUGUUUAAGCAAAAUCAGCUAAACUUGAAUGUCUAACUCCCAGAGUAAAACAAAAACCUCUAAAACCCUAUAACCUGAUUCACUUACUUCUGGAGGAGUUUGUCUUAGAAUGUUUUUGCCAUUUAAUUCAGCCUAAAUAUUACUGGUAAUAACUCAGGCUGGCAUCUGGAAGGAAUACAUAACUUUCUCAAUGGGAAGGAAAUUAUUAUUUUAUACAUGUUAAAUUAUUAUUGUUAUUAAUUGAGCCAAAGCAAACAGAAUCUACUAAACCUUUGCUUAGUGAAAUUUGUAUCCUUUGCAAAUUAAGCCAUCCUCUUGUACUUACAAAAGAUUAAUUCAGGGGCUAGGCCCCUUCCAUUUGUAUCUUUGACUACACUCCUUUUCCCAUAACAAGCUAUUACUAAAAAUGGUAGUGCAGGUGAUCAAAUAAAAUCAGAAAAUUUUCAUAU